ACAAGACAUACACUGAAGGACCCCUGAGCAUGAGAAAAGAUCGCACCAUGCGAGAAGAGGGAAAAUGACACUGUUCGUGCAUCUAGUAGAGUAUGGGCUGGAUCAGUAUCCCAGCGUCCCGACACACGACCACAAUCUUCCCUCAGUAGUAUUGCUCUGUUUGCCAAAUUGCAAUGAAUGAUACCGUGCGUGCUUUCGACAUGCAGAUCAAGCAAAUCGCCAUACUCUUCACUGCUAUCAUCAUGCCCUUCAUCGGCGGUGCCAUGGGCGCCCCCAUGGGUGCCAACGAUGUCAACAUAGCCGAAGAGCUUGCCAAGCGAGCGUGCGAGAUCAGUUUUAGUUAUGCGUACUGCAAGAGUGAUGUCGUUGACAACGAGGCACUCGAGGAUGACUCGGAGUGAGGUAGCUCACAAGAUCCCCUGGAAUGACCCGCACUUCCAUCGUAGAGUGCAACUUAAACCUGUGGUGUGCAAGGACGUGAAGUUAUGCGGCGUGUAAACCAGAAUCCUCGUACUUGUGUCUAUUCAUUGAGCAUGUCCACGAACAUGCCUAAGUCAUCCGAGUGUAGCCCGACUCGGAGAGUCCAGCUUUCCUGUACUCAUCAGCACACCCGCGAAACUUGAUGUCGUCAGUACCUCGCCGGAGUGCCAGUGCUGGUGCCAAUUUAGC